AUGGAGGAAGAUGCGAGCGCGGCAAUUCCCAUCUAUCGAUGGGAGGGACGUGGACUUGGGGUCUGCUUUGAGAAUGUCACAGUGGUCGGAGCUGCUCAGGGCAACCGACGUGUAAACGACUUCGGUUCCAUUCUCCUGAAAGUAGCAAUGGUGCCUAUCACACUGGUAAAAGGCAUUCUGCUCAGUGAAGAGACGAGGGAAAGGAGGAUCCUCCAAGAUCUGACGGGAGCGCUGUUCCCCGGGGAAACUCUGCUUGUCCUUGGUAAUCCGGGAGCUGGUUGUUCGACAGCACUCAAAGUGCACGCCAGCCAUCGCGCGGGCUAUCAGCGGAUUGACGGGUCCGUCCGAUACGCUGGUCUUUCACCAGAAGAUUUUCAGGGAGAAUUUCGAUUCGAAGUCGUCUAUAAUGACGAAGAGGAUAUUCACUUCCCAUCACUGUCGGUCCAAGAUACCAUGGAAUUUGCCCUUAGGCUGCGAUGGCCAGCUGGAGACCCCCAACAGCCUCACGAAAGACAAUUCACUCGCACGAUGACCGAGAGACUUUUGGCCAAGCUCGGAAUGAGCCACACCAGGGAUACAAUCGUCGAUGAUGCUUUUAUCCGAGGCGUCUCUGGCGGGGAACGCAAGAGAGUCUCCCUAGCAGAGGUUUUGGCGGUGAAUCCCUCUGUUGCUUCCUGGGACAAUCCCAUUCGGGGACUGGAUAGCUCAUCAGCCCAAGAUUUCCUAUUCACAUUAAAGGAGAUGUCCAAAUCCACUGGUAUGACAAAUAUUGUGAGUCUGUACCAGGCAUCAGAGAUGAUGUAUCAGACCUGCUUCAGCAAAGUCCUUCUCUUGUAUGAAGGCCGAGCGAUCUAUUUUGGACCCGCGUCUCAGGCGCGCAAGUACUUCCAUGACAUGGGUUUCUUACCCCUGCAUCGUCAAUCGACCCCCGAAUUCUUACUUGGCGUCACCUCUCCAAAUGAAAGGCGCAUUGACCCUCGAUGCUCAAACUCCUUGAGCGCGGACCCAGACUCUCUGGCGAAAACCUACCGCAGCAGCGAGAUCUAUCGUCAUGUUGUCGACGAGAUCGCGCACUACAAAGCCCAUGUCUGCACCUCUGGUGUCAUCGAGGCCUUCCACGCCGCUGUCGAGAGUACUGUGUCCAAGCAUCGCUGGCUGAAAGCCAGUGGGCCUUCCACGAUGCUGAAGCAGGUCCUGGUAGCAAGCCAGCGCCACUUUCGACUACUAUGGAGCGACAAAGCAACUGUCUACACAGUCACCGCCCUGACAAUUGUCAAUGCUCUGAUCUGUGGCUCAGCCUUUUACCACGCUCCACGGACUUCAACAGGGUCUUUUAUGCGAUCCUGUGCCCUCUAUUUUCCUUUGGUGUACUUUUUUCUGAACUCACUCACAGAGGUCAGCAAGACUGUUCAUGCACGAAGUAUCCUUCUAAAACAAUUCAGACUCGGGUUUAUCCAUCCAGCAUCGUUUGCAAUCACGCAGGCACUGUGUGAUAUACCGCUGGCAUUUAUUCUGACACUUAUAUUCUCCUGUUGCUACUACUUCCUGGUGGGAUUCAACGAGACUGCGAGUCAGUUCUGGAUCUUUGUGCUUAUCACCUUUGCGCAUUAUGGCUCAGUCUCGGCAAUGUUUCGCAUGCUUGGCGCCUGGUCACCCGAUAUGAGCAUUGCACUUCUUGCGAUGGGGGCUGCAAUCCCCGUCGUCACUCUGUAUGCUGGCUAUGCCCCGCCGCUACCCACGCAGCAUCGCUGGGGCUCGUGGUUACGUCGGGUGGCUCCAACGCCAUACGCCCUGGAAGCCUUGCUGAGUAAUGAGUUCUAUAAUAUUCAGCUGCACUGCACUGAAAGCGAGCUCGUACCGUCGGGGCCUGGAUAUGAGAAUUUGGCGUAUCAAGGCUGCCCAUUACCCGACGCAAAGCCUGGCACCACGGUUUCCUCGGGCAGUGUUUACCUGCACACCUACUACGAGUACUCCCGUGAGCACCUGUGGCGUAAUUUUGGUAUCAUUAUUGCCUUCUGGUUUAUCUAUGUUGUCCUCACGGCAGUCGGUCUCACCCUUUUGACCCGGGAAACCAACCAGGCCUCCGGCCUGGUGUUCAAGCGCGGGUGCGCUUCCUCGUCCGCCCCGACCUGUACCAUCACCACCACCAGCACCACCACUACCCCAGCUACCUCAAAGGAAAGCGAAGAACCCAGAAGCCUAGACGUAAAGUGCUCCCGCGGGAGCGACAAGGCAGCGGGCGUUGUACCUCCAACCGACGAGGAUCAUCAGCCUCCGUUCUCAGAACCCAAAGGAAGCGGAGAAGAGGAAUGCGACGUCCGAUCCCUUCUCACGUUCGAGAACCUCUCCUACACGGUCACGGUCAACAACAAGCCCAAGCGAUUGCUGAACAACAUUUCGGGCUACGUUCGGGCUGGCCAGCUCACAGCGCUCAUGGGCGCCUCCGGGGCUGGAAAGACGACGUUACUGGAUAUACUGUCCCAGCGCAAGGUCGAGGGCCAGGUGGACGGGACUAUGCUUAUGGAUGGGCGACCGAUUGACGGGAUGUUCGCGCGGUCCUGCGGAUUCUGCAUGCAGCAGGAUAUCCACGAGCCGCUGACGACGUUGGGGCCUAUUGCCGAUGCAAUCGUGGGGGAGGCCGGGGAUGGUAAACUCGGGGUGGAAGAGAGAAAACGUCUGACUAUUGGGGUGGAGCUCGCGGCUCGACCGUUAGGUCUGCUGUUCUUGGACGAGCCCACAUCGGGUCUAGAUAGCCAGGCCGCCUAUUCGGUGAUUUCAUUUCUGCGGUGCAUCGCGGCCGAAGGCAUUCCCAUUAUCUGCACCAUCCAUCAAUCUUUUGGGGUUAUUUUCGACAUGUUCGACCAUAUUCUGCUUUUAGCACCCGGGGGUAAUACAGUCUAUUUUGGCGAGACCGGUCCCAACUUACAGAUUUUGGCCCAGUAUUUCGCCCAGUACGGGCUGACUAUGGCUGCGGACGAGAAUCCCGCCGAGUUUGUUGUUAAAACUAUAACGGACAAAAGCCCCCGGGGUCGAGACUGGGCGCAGAUAUGGGCACAAUCCGAAGCCGCGGGGUAA